CCUGCUGUUUGUGUUGGGGAUCCUUGCCCUGCUCUGCUGCCGGGAUGUGCGAGGCAGGGCUGGUGGCCCCGGAGCGGUGCUGCCCGCAGCAGUGUGCGGAGCCAGCCCACCCCUUCUGCCGCCCCGAGCCCUGGGGGCGGCUGCGCAGGGCCGUGCGCCGCCUGGAGUUCUGGGAGAGCUUCAGCGCAGAGCUGAUCGCCAGCGGCUUCUUCUCCAAGGUCUACAAGGUGACCCAGGCUGCUGCUUGUAAAGUGAUGGUGGUGAAGAUCUACAAGAAUGAUGUGGACCAGGAGGUGAUUGUGCGUGAGAUCAGCCUACUGCAGAAGCUGUCCCACCCCAACAUUGUCAGGUACCUUGGGAUAUGUGUGAAGGAUGACAAGCUGUAUCCCAUUCUGGAGUAUGUGAAUGGGGGUUGCCUGGAGGAGCUCCUGGCCAGCAAAGACAUUGCUUUGAUGUGGAAGGAAAAAGUGGACUUAGCUUCUGACAUCACAAGAGGCAUGAUCUACCUACAUUCCAAGAACAUCUACCACCGAGACCUCAACUCUAAGAAUUGCCUCAUUCGAGUGACACCGCGGGGCCACGAGGCCUUGGUGACUGACUUUGGGCUGGCCAGGGAGGUGGUGGAGCUGCCUGUGAAGGAUGUGGAGAGGAAGCUGUCUUUGGUGGGCUCUGCUUUCUGGAUGGCUCCUGAGAUGCUGCGGGGAGAGCCCUAUGACCGGAAGGUGGAUGUGUUCUCCUUUGGCAUUGUCCUGUGUGAAAUCCUGGGCAGGAUCCCAGCUGACCCUGAAGUACUUCCCAGGACUCAGGAUUAUGGCUUGGAUGUUGCUACCUUCCAGGGGAUGAUUGGUGAAUGCCCCAAGCAGGUGCUGGACCUUGCUGCUGGCUGCUGUCAGGUGGAACCAUUUAAAAGGCCAUCUUUCUCUGAGAUCCUGGAUGAGUUGGAGGAUGUUGCAGAGAGCCUGGAGCCUAGGAGGGACAAUCAGUUUUCAGACUGAGCUGCCUGCCUCCAGUAAGGCUUGUCAAGAGGAUCAACCCAAACUAUAAAUUAACUCUCUGGUAGGGGGUAUGUGUGUCAGGAAUGAAGAAGGAACGUGGAGAAGGGAAAACUAAGUGAUGGACUGAUGUUUAUUCAAUCAUAGCUUUGGUCUCUAAUUUCUUGGAUGGAAAACAAGGUUAAAACUGAAGAAGGGACUUGCCAAGAGUUUCUCCUAGAUAAGGUUUUUAGAAGAUAUAAUCAGGACAUUGAGCAGCCUUUGUCUGUUUGCUUGUUAAAAGCAAAUGACCCUGGAGAGACCUGAGUUCCCCUGAGGAUGCUUUCCAAAUCCACAGCAGAAACAUCAUCCUCUCCUGCUUCCCAGUGCCCCUCAACCCAGGACCUUCCCUUUCUCCAUUCCCAUGCCUUGGAGAAUCACCUCUUGUGGGUCUGGGGUGUAUGCACUGUGAGGGAGAGGGGCUUUGGGAUGCUGUGGAAGCCUCAGAGUCACCUUAUGUUUCAAAGCCUUAAAGCACCUGUUCAUCCUGUUCCAGCCAUGUAGGAACAAGCAUGAUCUCUAAGGGGUGGGUCUCCUGGCAUCAUGCUUGGGGUGCAGCCAGCCACAGAGGCAUCUGGCAAGGUUGUGGAGAGUCAGCCAGGGCCACCCAGAGAAUGCUGAGCUGUUCUGGCCAGGGCAAUGGAGGGCAAUGCCUUAAUGAGACACCAAAUGACUGACUGAUGUCUGCUCUCAAAACAUCUUUGUCAGACACAUGGCUCAUCAUCAUGGUGGUCUGGAUUUCUCCCUGCUUGCCCUCAAAUGAGGCUCAAAAAUGGAGGGACCUGCUUACCCCCUUCACCUCCUGCUUCAAACAUGGCAAUGAGCAUAGUGUCAACAGCUAGUGAGACCAGAACAGCAGAAAGCAUCCAGUAUCUCACCCAUUUUUCUGCCUGGCCCAGCACCCAUUGCCUGCUCCACAACAUGGAGCACACUUGGGGGAAGCCAGGGAAAGACUUUGUUUUCUUCCAUGGGUCAGAGAAGCAUUCUGGGGCUGUGGAUCCCAACCAGAGAUGGAAAGAAGAAUCGAUAGAAAUGGGCUGCCAGAGGAAGAGUUGAGCAGUUGAUUCCCUGCCCCCAGAUCAGCUGAUUGCAGGACCACUGGUCUGAAAAUGUGUUCUCUUGGGACCAAAAUAUUUGUGGGUUUUAAUAGGUGUAAUGUCUGUGCAGUGGUGGAGCUGUGACUCUGCUCUUGUAGACUGCAAGCUCCUGGAGCAGGAACCAUUCACCUGUCCACUAAAAAGUAUUUGCACAGUGUUUAGCCCAAUGGGCCUUCAACUGCCUGAAAGCUUGAAGAGCUGGAAAGCUGUUCUCCCCCAUAGAUCACUAUGGCAUCCCACAUAGAUCCUACU